ACUCAAUCACAGUUUAGCGUUGCAUUCGGUGAGCUCCGGUGGUUAGUCGCGGUCGUACGUGUAACGGUGUAGGCGUAGUGAACUCAAGUGAUCCUGAUCUUGAAGCUAAAAUACAGAGGCGUACAUGAAUUCAUUAGAAAAUUACUGUUUAUUUUUACUAAUUAAUAUUAAUUACUGCAAUUAAUCUCGACUUUAAUUGUUGCGGUGCAAAACUUGUGACAAAUAAGUGCAUUUGUGCGACGAAAUCAGUGCUCGUUUUAACUGCGUAAAUUGUAGUGAAGUUUGCAGUGCAUGAAGUUGGUGUUAAAAGCUUCAUGAAAUAUUUCGGAUAUUUAUAAAGCUGUAUUGUGACCUUGUAGUGAGACGAUCUUGAAUCAGUAGAAUAUAAAACAAUAAUAAUUUUAUAAAUUGAAUUAUAUAUAAAUAUGACAGUGGAAGUGAACAAUGUGUUUUAUGCCAUUAAGAGUUCUUUGAACUCAUAAGAAACCAAAAACUCAGUGCAAAACAUUUUAUAACAACAACAAUAAAAUCACAAUUAGCAGAAAUAAUUGCUUUGUAUUGCACACGAGAAUCUGUUUUUCUCGCCGAUUGAUUGAUAAGCGCGAACAGUUGCCGGCAACUUGCGCCAAGUACAGGUCGACAGUGAAAUCUACAACGAAGAUUGUUUGGUGCAAUAACAGCUGUAGAGCGGGCGUCGAGGCUUUGUCAACACAUAAACAGCACUGAAGCGGUGUAAGCGUUAUCUAACGGCAAUUGCCAUUAACUGUCGUCACCAUUAACAAAAAUGUUGGAGCUGGAUAAAAUAUUGGAGAAAUGCGGUGAUUGCCACCGCUUGCAGGCGAUCAUGCUGCUGCUGUUCUGCAUCAUCAAUUUGCUUUCUGCACUGCACUACUACUCACAGACGAUCAUCAGCUUCGUGCCGAAAUACUGGUGCAUCGACGGUUAUGCGAAUCCGUUGGACGCUUAUGCGGUUGCCAGCGAACAGCCAGGCUCAUCAUGUCUGCCACAUCGUUUGGCAGCUGGUGAUGAUGCGGCAUUCGCGAAUGUCACCGCAAAUGUGUCACACACGUGUCAGCAAUUCGACUAUGAGCUAUAUAUGGGCUAUCACAGUUUUACCAGCGAGCUGAAUUGGAUUUGUGAUCGCGCCUGGCAGGCCACACUGGGGCAGUCGAUGUUUUUCGUUGGUUCAGUAGUGGGCAGCCUACUGUUCGGUUUUCUAGCCGAUAGUUUAGGUCGUCUUCCUAUUUUGAUUGUCGCCAAUGUGGUGGCAAUGGUUGGUAACACUUUGACAAUUUUUGGCACAACGCUGCCCACAUUCUCACUAUUUCGCUUUCUGUCCGGUAUGGCGACCGAUAGCAACUUCGUCAUGAUGUAUAUUUUAGUUAUGGAGUACCUGCGUCCUUCGCUCCGCACAGUUGGUCUGAGCAUCUGCAUUGGUUGCUUCUACUGUCUCGGUUCGAUGGCUGCGCCGUGGAUUGCUAUUUUGUUGCAUUCGUGGCGUGGUUUCCUUAUCGCCACCUCAACACCCUUUGCUAUUGUACCGUUAUUCUACUUCAUAGUGCCCGAGAGUGUACAAUGGUUGAUCUCGAAGCAAAAAUACGACAAAGCCGUUGAGUGUUUAAAGCGUGUGGCGAAGAUCAAUGGACGUGCCGUGGAGGAAUCCGUCUAUACGGAAUUCAUAGAUGAAUGCAAACGCAGUCAAUUGCAUACGAAAUCAGGUCCGAAUCUCUUUGGGCUAUUCGCAACGCCACGUUUGCGACGCAACACGCUGAUCUUGUUCUUCAAGUCCAUGGUCAUCACUUUGUGUUACGACGCGGUGUCGCGCAAUGUUCAAGGUCUCGGCAUAUCGCCAUUUGUCAUGUUCACAUUGAGCGCCACAGCUAUAUUGCCGGCCUGCUUACUGUUGAUCGUGCUGCAAGAUCGCAUCGGUCGCAAAGCGAUGGCGUCCAUGUCACUGCUGCUAAGUGGCAUUUUUAUAUCGGUCACCGGUGCAAUACUCUUCUGUACGGAGCGCAGUGGCGGCGAGAAGGAUGUCAUAUUGGUCGUGGUGCUGUCGGUUAUUGGACGAUUUGGUGUAACGGUCGCUUACAAUUCUGGCGCACAGUAUGCAACAGAGUUGAUACCGACUUGCGUGCGUGGUCAAGGAAUAGCGGUGGUACAUGUCAUGGGCUAUGCAUUCACCUUCUUCAGUUCGUACAUUCUCUACACACGUUCGUUCUUUCAACCUAUGCCGGAGAUCAUUUUGGGCAUACUUUCGCUGUUGGGCGCCGGUUUAUGUCUAUUAUUGCCUGAGACACUCAAUAGGACCCUACCCACUUCCUUGGAGGAUGGAGAAAACUUUGGCAAAAACGAGCGCUGGUACAAUUUCAGUUUCCUGGAGAAACGCACACAAUCGGUGGAUGUUUUGGCCGCGAAUGCAGGGUCACAAAAUAUACGAGAUAAUACGGGGGCAUAUUUUUAAGACAAACCUAUUGUUCUGUGACUAGAUCCUAAGUGUUAAACUAAUAUUAAGCGUUACUGAGUUUUACUAGUAAACAGCAUAAUAUUAAAAGUGCAAUUAUAGUCGUACAUUUUGC